AUGGUUUGUUAUAAUCAAAAUUGUACAGAGUCCAGAUUGAUUUGUUGCAUAUGUAUUAAGGAGGGUUACCACACUUAACAUAAUGAAGAUGUGAAAGAAAUAUAAAAUUUUAGAUAAAUCGUUGAGAAUAAAAAUUUAGAAUGUGAUAAUUUGAUUGAUUACCUUAAGAAAUAAAUAGAAACUGUUGAUCAAUCAUUUUCUAAAUUUGCAUAAGGAAUUAGAAAUAAAUAUUAAUUAUCUAUUGAAAAAUUACUUAAAUUGAAUUCGAAAUAAGUUAAUGAUUUUAUGAAUUCACUCAUCAAAUUUGCAGAAUAUAAAUAAUCAAUAAUAUAAACUGUAACAUAAUUGACCAUAAAAAUGGUUAAAAAUUUUGAUAGUUUGAAGGAAUAAUUAAAAUUAUCAUCAGUUACUUACUAUCAGAUUAAUGAUGAAAACUAACAAUAAUUCAUUUCAUUAUAUGGUCAAAGUAAAUUUGUCAUCAUUUUGUUUAGGCUAAACUUUAGGUUAAUAAGGAAAAUAUAAAGAGGCCAUAGAAUUAUUGAAUAAAGUUAUUCAAUUAAAUCCUAAUUAUUAUCAAGCAUUAAGUUUUAAAGGUAAAACUAAUAUAUAUUUAUAGGUUAAUGUCUAAUGGAGCUAAACAAAAAUGAAGAGGCAAUGAUUUGGUUAGAUAAGGCUUUAGCUAUCAAUCCUUAGCAUGUAGUCUCCUUAUAUAAAGAAGGUAAAUUUAAUAUUUAUUAGAUUUAUAGGUGAAUGCUUAAAAUUUUUAGGCAAAUAUGAGGAUGCAAUAAAUUAAUAAGAUAAAGUAUUAUCAAUUGAUCCUAAAAAUGUAAUUUCAUUAUGUGAAAAAGGUUGAUCUAAUAUAAUAAAAUCAAUAGGUGAUUGCUUAAUGAGAUUAAAAAAAUACGAGGAUUCUUUAAAUUAUCUAAAUUAAGCACUUUCCAUUAGUCCUGGCGAUAUCAUUUCUCUCAAGAAUAAAGGUAUCUAGUUUUUUAUUUGGUAGGUCGCUGUUUAUAUUGA